AUGAGGCGCCUAGGUGCAUUAGCCACAUUCUCUGCCCACGCCUGUGAAGGUUCACGCUCAUCCGGAAUCACACAGAAACUAGAUGAACGCCUUCACCCGGGCACUACAGUCCAUCGCGGUACCCGGUUCAUCCUUCCAUCUAUUGGCCUUACUGGCGCACCAUGCCAAUGUCUGGUUGGAUCCCAUAUCGUCAUAUGGUACCAUACUCGGCCAAGGCAGCUGACCAGGUUAUCCUCCGAGUCUUCCUCCCUUCAUGCACAGCCUCCUCGCUGCCAAUUGAUAUACCUCUAA